AUGUUAAAUUCACCGGAUCUGAGCUCAUCACGGAAGUUAAGCAAUGGUCAUGAUGUUCUCUUCCUUUUUCCUUCCUUUCUUCUUUCCUUCGUUUUUUUUUUCUUCGUUUCAACUUUUUUCUACGUUUUCCCUUUUCUUUUUUUUUCUUUAUUUUUCAUUCGUUUCCUCAUUCCCUUCAUUUUACAUUUGCUUUCUCAUUAUCUUCAUUUUUUCUUUCGCUUCUCCUUUUUAUUCAUUUUUCCUUCGUCUCCUUUUUUUAUUCAUUUUUCUUUAUUUCAAAUUUUUCAUCAUUUUUCCUUCGUUUUUUUUUUCUUAAUUUUCCUUCAUUUCCAAUUUUUCUUUAUUUUUCUUUCAUUUCCACUUUUUCUUCACUUUUCCUUCUCUUUCAUUCUCUACAUUAUUUCAUUCUUUCUAUCUAUUACUUCCGCUGCAUUUUUUUUUCUUUCCUUUUCAUACUCUUUCUUUUUAUUCCUUUUCUUUUAUUUCUUCUGCUCUAUUUUUCUCCCUUCCUUUCUUUGCUUUUCUUUCUCUAUUUCUUUUUCAUUAAGUUUUCACUUAUUUCUUUUUCUUCAGUUCUCCUCUUCCUUUCACUCUUUCUUUCUCCCUUUCUUUCUUUCUCUUCAUUUCUUUUUCAUGAUUUUCUUAUGCUUCUUUUUCUUUCUUCCGCUCCAUGACUUUUCUUUCAUUUUAAUUUCUUUUUCUUUUAUUUUUUCCUUCAUUUUACUUUCUUUCUUCUUAUUUCUUGUUAUGUAUUUCGCUCUAUUGUUUUUUCUUCUUCGCUUCUUUUUUAAAGAUAAUUUUGAUAAUAAUACGAGGCAACGCUAUUUUAUCAUUUCAUAA